GGGCAAAGAGCACGUCAGAGAGGACAGUAAUCGACUUAUCAGAUGCGCCUGCAUUCUCACCCCAUUACAAUCACCCGCCGCGGAAAUCUUCCUCGCACUGUUCGAACCUCCCUCCGCUCUCCCAACAGAUCCUCUCCCCUGCAUACCUCCCGCACUCCAGCGCUGCAGGGAAUACUCGCCCACACCAUGGCCACGGUCCAAGAAGUCACGGCCGAGUCCGCCUUCCAGUCGGGAAUCUCGUCGCUCCCGCAAUCCACCCUCGCCGUCAUCUACUUCCACGCGCCAUGGGCCGCGCCUUGCAAGCAGAUGUCGGUGAUCCUGUCCACCCUCGCUAGCACAUACCCCGCCGAUGCGCCCAUAAAAUUCGUCGCCCUCGACGCGGAAGAGCUUCCCGAGAUUGCAGAGCAGUACGAUGUAUCCGCCGUGCCCUUCAUAGUGCUCCAGCGGGGCGGACAGGUGCUGGAGACCGUGUCAGGCUCAGACGCCGCCAAGGUGCGCGCCGCGGUAGAGAAGUACGCCGGCGCAGGAAGCGGCGACGCGAAGACGAGCCUCCCGCCAGCACAGACGGUCAGCAAGCCUGCGCAGACCAGCGGCGCGAAGGACCUUGCCGGAUACGCACCGAAUGCGUCAGAUCCCAAUACCGCACCCGAGCACAGCUCCGGCGACGCCGAGACGAGCAAGGAGGAGCUGAACAAGCGGCUGGGCGAGCUCGUCAAGGCGGCGCCCGUCAUGCUGUUCAUGAAGGGAACACCUAGCGCGCCGCAGUGUGGCUUCAGCAGGCAGACAGUUGCUCUCCUUAGGGAGAAGGGCAUCCGGUACGGGUUCUUCAACAUCUUGGCCGACGACGAGGUGAGGCAGGGCUUGAAGGAGUACUCGGACUGGCCGACGUUUCCGCAGGUGUACGCCGAGGGCGAGCUGGUUGGUGGCUUGGACAUUGUACGAGAAGAGUUCGAGAACGACCCCGAGUUCCUGGCGGAGCACUCCGUGAACGGCAAGGGCGGCUCCGGAGCUGCGUCAGCACAGACACAGGCACCCGUGGCUUCAUGAAGGCAUACAGGCGUACAAAGUGCUUACAAGAAGAGUGACCCAUCAAAACAUCUCCCGCUCCAAGAUAGUGGUUGACGUACAGUGCGAGCCUUCUGGCAAAGAGGUAUGUACUGGGGGGCAAUGUUUGCGAUGAUCAAGUCGGAACGAGGAUGGAUGCAAUCCUGUACCAGCUAGGAUAGUUUUUGAAUUGAUGAACCUGAGCGUACCUCGUCCGUGCAUGGACAUAGUGUCAUCCCUUGGUAUUUUGUCUCCUGUGUAUACACC